CAUGCGCGGGCCAUCAUCUCGCCGUGCGUAUUGGUGCAGAUGUGUCUUUGCGAUGAUAAUGCACCACGCAAAAUCAAUCCUGAGCAGUAUCCACACCGACGGGGUUACCUCACGGCGAUGCACAAGCUCGAGAGACUGAUGUUGAGCUCAUCCUUCCCCGCUUGCUGUUGGGCUCACUGUCUCUUGCUGUUUCCUUGCCGCAGACAUGCUGGAUUCAGCUAUUCAGGCCCUGCUGCCGCCUACGCAUACAAAUGCGUCGACACAACCAACAUCGAGCGAGUCUUCAUUCUCGGCCCCAGCCACCAUGUCUAUCUCAACGGGUGCGCCCUCUCCCGAUGCGACGAGUACGAGACGCCUCUCGGGAAUCUCAAGAUCGACAAGGAUGCGAUUGCCUCGCUCAUGCAGUCCAAGCUGUUCACGUACAUGACGCUCGAGGUCGAUGAGGACGAGCAUAGUAUCGAAAUGCAGCUGCCCUUCCUCUUCAAGAUCAUGGAGAGAAACACCCGCCCCUUUGCCGUCGUCCCGGUGCUCAUCGGUGCCAUCGAUAGCAAGAAGGAGGCCGUCUAUGGCAAGCUUCUGGCCCCGUACCUCAACGAGCCCAAUACCCUCUUCAUCAUCUCCUCUGACUUUUGCCACUGGGGCCAGCGCUUCCGGUACACCUUCAAGGAUGCUGACGCCGAGCGAGGUGAUCCCAUCUACAAAUCGAUCGAGCGGCUCGAUCGAAGGGGCAUGGACGCCAUCGAGACACUCGAUCCGAAGCAGUUUGCCGACUAUCUGCGCGAGACCGACAACACCAUUUGCGGUCGCCACCCCAUUGGCGUGCUCCUGAAUGCCAUCCAGCACGCCGGUGCAGACCAAAAAAGCCGCGAGCACCUUGAGAAGAAGGAUAAGAUCCUCCAGGCCGAGGAUCAGGGCGAUGGGCUCCCGAGCCGGCAGCAAGUGGUCGAAUUUAUCCAUUAUGCCCAGUCCAGCCGGGUCCGGUCGGAGCGAGAAAGCUCUGUGUCGUAUGCGUCGGGUUACUAUGCCAACCAUCCUUCCGCCCCAGCCGGCCAGCCGACAGCUUGAGCUUUGGCAGUCAUUGGCGGGCUGGUAUGUCUUGCCGUCGGUCUCCUGGCCCCACAGGUUUUGUUCGCCAGCGAACGUCCGAUGAGUUCCUGGUGCUCGCCCUAUCUCGAAAUAAAGCUGGAUUACGCCUGCCCGGACCAUUUAC